AUAACACAAACUAAACAAAAUCUCAAGCAAUGAAGAUUUAUUGGUUUUCCUUUCUUUUAUUUAUUGUCUUCUCAUCAACUUUAUGGGAAGCUUUAGCUGAUACUCAUGAAGAAUUCAUCCAAUGCCUUUCUCAUAAUAACCAAACCUCUUCCAUUUACACCCCAAGUAACUCUUCUUAUUCAUCAAUCCUUCAAUUUUCCAUACAAAACCUAAGGUUUGAUACAACUGAAACUCCUAAACCUCUUGUGAUUGUCACCCCAGUGAGUGAAUUCGAGGUUCAACAAGUCAUUCUUUGUGCUAAGGAAACUGGGAUGCAUGCUAGGAUUCGUAGUGCAGGACAUGACUAUGAAGGACUUUCUUAUGUCUCCGAGGUUCCAUUCGUUAUAAUUGAUCUGAUCAACCUUAGAACAAUCAAUGUUAAUGUCAAUGACAAGAGUGCAUGGGUUGAAGCUGGAUCAACUAUUGGCGAACUCUAUUAUAAAAUCGCAGAGAAAAGCAAAUCCCUAGGAUUUCCGGCUGGUGUGUGUCCAACAGUUGGUGUUGGUGGACAUUUUAGUGGAGGUGGUUUUGGAGUUAUGUUGAGAAAAUAUGGCCUAGCUGCUGAUAACAUUGUAGACGCACGUUUGAUCGAUGCGAAUGGAAGGAUUAUUGAUAGGGUUUCUAUGGGGGAAGAUUUAUUUUGGGCAAUUAGAGGAGGUGGCGGUAAUAGCUUUGGACUUGUUCUUGCAUGGAAGAUCAAACUAGUAGAUGUUCCUGAGAAAGUAACUGUUUUCACACUUGACAAGACAUUGGAACAAAAAGCCACAAAGCUUGUACAUAAGUGGCAAUAUGUUGCUCCAAGAUUCCAUGAAGAUUUGUUCAUUAAUAUCUUGAUUAGUAGGGUGAACUCAAGUGAAGGUGGUAACAAAAAACAAACAAUUGUAGCUUCAUUCAAAUCCAUAUUCUUCGGUAGAAUCGAUCGAUUACUUUCCAUCAUGCAAGAAAAUUUCUCUGAAUUAGGGUUGAAAAGAGAAGAUUGCAUUGAAAUGAGUUGGAUAGAGUCUACAUUAUACUUUGCAGGAUUCCCAAGAGGUGCAUCUAUUGAUGUCUUGCUAAGCAGGGUUCAACUCUCGACACGUUACUUCAAGGCAAAAUCAGACUAUGUAUAUCAGCCAAUCCCAGAGGGAAGUCUUGAAGGAAUCUGGAGAUUGUUCUUUGAAGAUGAAGCUGAAUCAGCACAAGUGAUAUUGAAUCCAUAUGGUGGGAGGAUGGAUGAGAUUGCAUCAUCUUCUAUUCCUUUCCCUCAUAGAGCUGGAAAUUUAUACGAAAUCCAACAUUUAGUCUAUUGGGAUGAAGAAGGAGAAGAAGUAGCUGAAAGGCAUACAAGGUGGAUAAAAAGGCUUUAUUCCUACAUGACUCCUUUUGUUUCUAUGUUUCCAAGAGCUGCUUAUAUCAACUAUAGGGAUCUUGAUAUUGGUGUGAAUAACGUCAAGGGAUAUACAAGCUAUGUGCAAGCUAAGGUUUGGGGGAUUAAGUAUUUCAAGACUAAUUUCGAUAGAUUGGUUCAUGUGAAGACUAAGGUGGAUCCUUCAAACUUCUUUAGGAAUGAACAAAGCAUUCCUUCACUUUGUGAAAAACAAAGGUGAAAGGAGUUCUGGCGGAAAGAGGCAUCAUUAUACAAAAUUAAUAAGAAAGAAUUUAUUAUUUAAUUUUUAAGUACAUAGUUAUUCUUUUUUAAAUGUAUAAAAAAGGAUCAUGCAUGAGAUCAUGCCACCUUAUAUGACUUGUGUAGUAAUUUUUGUAUGUAAUUUUCUUGUUCUUUCAAAUUAUUGUAUUAUUGAUUGAUAAUAAAGGUUAUUUUAAUUA